CUCCACCAAACGAAUCUCUUUCCCUUUCUCUCUCCCUCUUCUGCUCUCCUUUUUCACUCUCUCCACAAUUAUAAUAUAAAUUAUUGUCCUUUCGCCUCUUUCGUGAACUCGGAGCGUUUUGUGUUGCCUCUAAACUCAUCAUUUUCCUAUGGGAGGCUAAACAUACGAAAAGAAAGUAGGGAGAGAGGGACGGUGAGAAGCUUUUUUCUAUUCAUCAUUCAGAAUUGUUUUGUGUAAGUUUCUUCAUUUGUGUCCUCUGCUGCUUUUCCUGCAAAUCGUUUUGUUGAAUAUCUCCUGAAUCCGUUGUCGUUUUCUUUAGACGUCCAUUUUUUCCGAGAAAAUCAAGUGCUUUCUCGGAAAGUUGAUUCAAAGGCGUCCCAUUUGGUUUGUUUCGAGUUCCAGGUGAUUUUCGUUUCUUUUUGUAACGGAGGUUGACAAACCAAACGGUCGCGAAUCUCUCAGGUUGAUGUAACUCGGUUUGUGUGAAAGUAGUGGUGUGCUUUGGAGAAGUGGAAUGGAGAUUUCGUCGUGUGCGGUUAGUUUCGUGUGUUUGGUGUUUGUGUUAUGUCUGUUUGAGCCAUCUUUGGCUGGACUGCUGGCUGAGCCGGCGGAUUCUCACCAGCAACCAAUGAAACCGGGGGAUUACUCCACGCCAAACACAGUUCCGGCAUUUCCGGUUCAGACGGAAACGCAAACGUGUCGGCUGGACCUCUCCGCGGAGCUUUUCGGUGGCGUGAAUGACGCCUGUGGCAGAAACCUUGAUCGGAGCCGGUGCUGUCCAGUGCUCGCCGCCUGGCUCUUCGCUGCUCACGCUCGGUCGGCGCUCCAGGUCGCUGCUCCGGCGCCGGCGUCUUCCGAUCUCCCAAUGAUGCCUGACGACUCGCAGAAGUGUGUUAACUCGCUUCAGAGCUCGCUCCAGAGUCGCAACAUCCACAUUCCUCAGCCCAACGCCACCUGCGAUGCGAUCCUCUGCUUCUGCGGUAUUCGCCUCCACCAGAUUACCUCCCUCAGUUGCCCCGCAGCGUUCAACAUUUCAUCCUACCGGAACGCCACUCCUACCGCCGCCGUCAAGAAUCUAGAGCGAAAUUGCCGGAAUUCUUCCUACUCCGGCUGCACCAAGUGUCUCGGUGCCCUCCAGAAGCUAAAAGGCGAUGGCAAAAACGGAACGGAAGAAGGCGGCGAUAGGGCGAGCAAAAUGUUCAGCAGGGACUGCCAGCUCAUGGGGCUUACUUGGCUGCUAGCAAGGAACAAAACAGCGUACAUUCCCACAGUGUCAGCUGUAUUGCGCGCCAUCAUGUACAGUGCGCACCCCCCACACGAGUCCAAGUGCAGCCCAGACCAGGAGAACAUGCCGUUGGCCGUCGAUUCUUUGCAAUUCGAAAAGUCGUCGUCGUCGUCAUCCACAACGAUUUCACCGUUCUCGUCGUUGCCCAUUUUUUCAUUUCCGAUUUUGCCCCUAAUCAUGCUCCUUUUUAUGUCUUGUUGAGUCUGGCUUCUUUCUCCCGUGGCCUCGCAUAUGCUGUCGGGUCACGUGAAGCUACUAGACAAACGGGCAAGCGGGGUCGUUUUUGUCUUUUUCCUUGCCUCACUGUAAAUUUCGCCUCGGUUCAGAAUCAGUUUUCACACCUCGGUCUUUUACACAUUUACGGUUUUACCAUUUCCAAUUCUAUAUUUUCAUUUUUCUCA